AUGCUAGGAGCGAUUCAUUUCGGAGUAUUAGCAGCUUGCUUCGUCCUCUUCGUUCCCAUGGCUAUGGCUGGUUGGCAUCUAAGCAGGAACAAGAUGCUCUUCUUUAGUUGCGCUUUGUUCAUUUCUCUCGCGGUUUGUGUUCAUCUCACGCCGUAUUUUCCUUCGGUUUCAGACAUCGUUGCUUCUGUUUCCUCUGUUGUUGUCUACGAUCAUCGUAUCUCAUGUAUUAACGAGGUGAAUCAGAUUGUCUGGGAUGUUAAACCGAAACCCAAUACGGAAUCUGUUCGUAGGAAUAACGGGUCGAAGCUUGAUUAUUUCGACAAGAAUUGGGAUUGGCUGAAAUCGAGGAAAGUUUUGACUUGUGAGUUUCAGAAAUUGGAUAAAUUCGAUGUUUCUGAGUUGUUGAAUGGAUCUUGGGUUGUUGUUGCUGGUGAUUCUCAGGCUAGAUUCGUUGCUUUGUCGUUGUUGAAUCUGGUUUUGGGUUCGGAUUCGGAGGCGAUGGAAUCGGUUAAAGGUGAUUUGUUUAAGAGACAUAGUGAUUACAACAUUGUGGUUAAAGAGAUUGGGAUGAAACUUGAUUUUGUGUGGGCUCCUUAUGAGAAAGAUUUGGAUGAUCUUGUUGUAUCGUAUAAGAAGAAGAAUAAGUAUCCAGAUGUUGUGAUAAUGGGAAGUGGGUUAUGGCAUAUGCUUCAUGUUAACAAUGCUUCUGAUUUCGGUUUUCGAUUGAAGCAAUUGAGCAGUCAUGUUGAGUCUUUAGUGCCCUUUUCGCCAAAGGAGCAAGAAGGAGGCGGAUCGGUUUCUAGUAGAUCUAUGCAUCUGUUCUGGAUCGGGAUGCCGGUUUUGAUCAAUGGGAUGUUGAAUACGGAUGAGAAGAAGGAGAAGAUGAGUGAUACCGUGUGGCAUGAGUAUGAUAGAUCGCUCGGGGAGAGUAAGAUCUUACGCCAAAUGGGAGGUCCGCUUAUCUUGCUUGAUAUCCAGUCCUUCACUUGGAACUGUGGACCGAAAUGUACACUCGACGGAAUGCAUUAUGACUCUGCGAUCUAUGACGCCGCUGUUCACGUCAUGCUCAAUGCAUUACUUAUUGAAUCUCAUCAAACUUUAUGA